AUGAUAACACCAUGGCUCGAGGCGUUCCCGCGGACGGCAAAGCCCAUCAUCGAGGAAAUUGACCACUACAUGGGCUUCAAGCUAUCCGACAUCAUUGCCGAGGGCCCCAGCAAGCUGUUGACCAGGACGCCCAACGCCCAGCCCGCCAUCAUGGCGACCUCGAUCCUGAUCCUCCGCAUCCUCGAGCGCGAGUUCGACUUUGACAUCACCAAGCGCGUCGACGUGACGCUGGGUCACUCCCUCGGCGAAUUCGCCGCGCUGGUGGCCGGCGGCUACCUCGAGUUCGAGGACAGCCUGUACCUGGUGCGCAAACGGGCCGAGGCCAUGGCGGAGGCGACGCGGCGCGCCGUCGACGAGUACGGCGGCGAGUACGGCAUGGUGGCCAUCGUCACAGAGCCCGAGUAUCUAGGCCCGCUGAUCGCGGCGAUUCACGAUUUUGUGGGCCACUCAAGCGCCGGGUCCAAGGGCGACAGCUCCGAGGACGUACCGCCCAUCGAGCAAGUGCUCAUCGCCAACAUCAACAGCAAGAACCAGAUCGUGCUGAGCGGCAAUAUUGAGCGCAUCAAGACGCUCUCGACGCACGUGCGGCAGUUCCUCGGCCACGACCCGCGGGCCGUGAGGUUAAACAGCGACAGCCCAUUCCACAGCCCGCUCAUGAAGCCCGCCGUCGGGGUGGUGAGGAGCAUACUCUCGAAAAAGAGCCGCGUCAAGGGGCACGAGGGGAACGACAUUGUCACGUUUCCGGGGAGGUUGCCGUGCGUAAGCAACGUGAGCGCGCGGCCGUUCGAGAGCAAGGAGGACGUAAAAGACCUUCUGGCACGGCAGUGUCUAGAGACGGUGCGGUGGUGGGACAGCAUCAAGUACCUCGACCAAGAGGAGAAGGUGAGGCGGUGGAUCGGUAUCGGGCCCGGCAAGGUCGGGCGGAAUCUGGUUGGCAAAGAGGUGGGCAUGAGGGGCAAGGACUCGGUCAAGGGCGGCGGCGUCUGGGGCAUCACGGACCCGAGCGAGAUCGAGGAGAUGCUCAAGGGGCUGGAUGAGACGGAGAAGGUCUCGGAGGACGAGAUUGGCUGA